CGCAUUUCUCUCAUCCCAUUUCCCUGCCUAUUACAUUUCAUCCUAUUUUAUCUCAAGUCUCAAGUUUUAUCUCUCUGUUUUGUGUCUUUCUCUCUAUUUCGACGCUGCUAGCAUGACACGCUACGACCCGGACCAAUGGAUUGAGCAGCUCAUGCGCUGCGAGCACCUCCCUGAAUCCGACAUGAAGGUCCUCUGCGAUCGCGUCCGCGCCCUGCUUAUGGAAGAAUCCAACAUACAGCCCGUCGAAAGCCCCGUAACGAUCUGUGGAGACAUCCACGGCCAGUUCUGGGACCUCCUUGAGCUCCUUAGGAAGGGCGGCCGUGUGCCCGAGACGAGCUACAUCUUCAUGGGUGAUUUUGUGGACCGGGGGCACUACAGUCUUGAGACCGUCUCGUUGCUGCUCGCGCUCAAAGCAAGAUAUCCCGACAAGGUGACGCUCCUGCGCGGCAAUCACGAGAGUAGGCAGAUCACACAGGUGUAUGGCUUUUACGAGGAGUGCCAACAAAAGUACGGCAGCGCAUCUGUCUGGAAGGCGUGCUGCAGUGUCUUCGACUACCUCAACCUCGCCGCCAUCAUCGAUGGAUCUGUUCUCUGUGUACACGGCGGCCUCUCCCCAGACAUUCGCACGCUUGACCAGAUCCGCGUGAUCUCGCGCGCGCAGGAGAUCCCGCAUGAGGGCGCGUUCUGUGACCUGAUGUGGUCCGAUCCGGACGACGUUGAAAAUUGGGCAGUCAGUCCCCGUGGGGCCGGCUGGCUCUUCGGCGGCGCCGUCACGCGUGAAUUCAACCACGUCAACUCGCUGACGCUUAUCGCGCGCGCGCACCAACUUGUUCAGGAGGGGUACAAGUACAUGUUUGACGAACAGCUCGCGACGGUGUGGUCCGCGCCGAACUACUGCUACCGCUGUGGUAAUAUGGCGUCCAUUCUCACCGUACGCGAGAACGGCGACCGUGUGUUCACUGUGUACGGUCCCGCGGAAGAGAACGAGCGCGACGCGGGUAUGCAGUGGUCACGUAGAACGGGUAAUAUGCCAUAUUUUGUAUAGGAGCGUUGAGCGCCGUUGCCUGGUAUCGUUAUUUCAGUACUCUCAUUCGCUGUCCCGGUCAACGCUGAAUCCAUUAACUUAUAAACUCUCGCGGGCUUUUAUGCGUGGUCAUGGGGGAUGACACCGUGAAGGAUGUUGUCUGUGUCCUUUGUUUUUGCUGUCCUUCUUUUGUGGCACUUGAGCAGUCGAUACUCUCUCCCGCUCUUUGAUGACGGUCCUCCCUCUGAGCAGGUUGCACGGAGAAUAUAAGCUUUUGUGUAUAUCUUGUACAUGCUCAUUCUCGACGAUCCGCUUCGCUCAGCCAACUACGCUGAUCC